UCCAGACCCGGAGCGUGGGGCGCAGCACGCGCAUCCCUGUGUCUGUCCACCUGCGCACGGCUUGAAGCGCCUUCCUUCCUAGGAUUCGGUGGUAAACCGUACCGCUGUGAAUUCUUUGAUUGCAUAAUAGGUUCUCAACAGAGACGGGUCAGCUCAGGAGGUGAAUGGGAGGCUUACUUCUGUGGCACAGGCCUGCUUGCCAGGCUUACCUCGUAUCUUGCACACGAUUCAAGGGAAAGUGAGACUUCUCAAUUAAGUGGCACGGGCAAGACUGGAGAAGAAACAAUGUCUUCACAUCAUGAAGUCAUUUCAUGCUCUCUUCCAUCCAGAUUCACGGUGUUCUCUUCUCAGACACCGCCUUGCCUACGCUGUAAGCCCUUCACUGAGAUGGAUAACAGAGGGCCUAACAAGGGCCUGAGUCAGAAAUUAAACUUCUCCUUUUGUGAAGAAGAGACUGAAAAUGAAGGGCAGAAGACGGCACAGGAGAGCGGUCUGGCCCACAGCCAAAGGUCUGAGAAGGAUGAAGACUUGGAAGACCCCCAAACACCCCUCAAAGAUACCUUUCAAAAUAGAGACAAUGACAGUCCAGAUCCUGCUCUGCGGGCUCCAGUUUCAGAGCCUCCCAAAUGUCCGGAGACACCAGCACCACCACACAGAAGUCAGCUUCUGCUCGGUGACCCUCCUUCCACUCCCAAAAGCUUCCUGAGCCAGCCAGAGAUUUCUUCAACAGGGAAGCUCUCUGCCCGGAGCUCUAAGCAUCUAAGACUCACACCUACUCCCCUCAUGGACGAGAAGGCCUCAUUGUCUCUGGUCAAUGUCAAUCCAUUCACACCAGAGUCCUAUAGAAAAGUAUUCCUUCAAUCAAAGGGCAAGAGGAAAACCAGAGACUACCUUGAGGAAGCUGAUGAGGAAGGCAAAUCAGAGCAAUGGCUGCCUGCUAAGAGAAGUGUUCUACAAGAAACUAACAUGGCUUCCCGCUACAAAAAAGAAUUCUUAGAAGUAGAAAAAAUUGGCGUUGGGGAAUUUGGUACAGUCUAUAAGUGCAUUAAGCGGCUGGAUGGAUGCGUUUAUGCAAUAAAGCGCUCUUCGAGAACCUUUUCAGGAUUAUCAAAUGAGAAUUUGGAUUUGCAUGAAGUUUAUGCUCAUGCAGUACUUGGACAUCACCCCCAUGUGGUACGUUACUAUUCCUCAUGGGCAGAAGACAAUCACGUGAUCAUUCAGAAUGAAUACUGUAAUGGUGGGAGCUUGCAAGCUGCUGUAUCUGAAAAUGCUAAAUCUGGCAAUCAUUUCCAAGAGCCCGAACUCAAAGAUAUCCUUCUACAGAUUGCCUUGGGGCUUAAGUAUAUCCACAACUCUGGCAUGGCACACCUGGACAUCAAACCCAGUAACAUAUUUAUUUGCUAUAAGAUGCAAAGUGACUCUCCUGGAGGCCCAGAAGAGGUUGAAAAUGAAGCUGAUUGGUUUCUCUCUGCCAGUGUGAUGUAUAAAAUUGGUGACCUGGGCCAUGUGACAUCAAUUAGUCAUCCCAAUGUCGAAGAAGGGGACAGUCGUUUCCUGGCUAAUGAGAUUUUGCAAGAGAAUUAUCAACACCUUUCCAAAGCAGACAUAUUUGCCUUGGGGUUAACUAUUGCUGUGGCUGCAGGAGCAGAGUCACUGCCCAUCAAUGGUGAUCUGUGGCAUCAUAUCCGCAAGGGUAACUUUCCGGACAUUCCUCAGGCACUCUCAGAAGACUUUUACAGUUUACUCAAGAACAUGAUCCAUCCUGAUCCAGAGGAGAGACCUUCCGCAGUAGCUCUGGCGAGAAGUAGAGUUCUCCGGCCCUUCCUGGAGAAAACAGAGGAACUCCAGCAGCAACUGAACUUGGAAAAGUCCAAGAUAGCCACAUUGGAAAGAGAACUGAGAGAAGUCCAACAGGCCCAGUACCCCCAGGGAGACACCCAGAGUGGUGAUCCUGGGACCUCUGGGGCCCACACAGGAUCAAGAAGCACAAAAUACCUGGUAGGAGGAAUGAAUAGGAAGUCUUCAAGCUUCACCUGUGGGGAAUCUUCCCCAUAAGUAUCAUUUCACACAGCGAGCCUUUUGUCAAACCACUUCAGAAACCUUCUAUGUAAUGGAAAAAAUAACCAACUUUAAUAUCCAAAGGUUUCAAAAGCCAUCUUAAUUCGCAUCUAUACCCAAGGUCAUGAAGCAUCCAAGGCUUCUUAUUAGCAGUGGUCUCAUAUAUAAUAGUUACUAGGCACUUCUCUUCUCUGUUGUAUUUCUAGUGCCAUCUAAUGAGAACUGAUGAAGAAUGAGAAAACAUGCCUUUGAGUUGAAAGAAGACACCCUUUGUCUUGGAUUAAGAAGCUGCCAUUACUAAUUCUUCAUGAGAGAUCCAGGAACUUUCCCUGUACAUAGAAAGGAAUAAAAUAUAGCUUUCAGUACCAGGUUACAGUACAAAGUGCCUGUAUUCCAACAGUGCUUCCCAAGUUACAUGCUACUCCUAGAAUUCCCAGCUCCUUGGAGCAAGUAAUUUUCCUAAUACAUUUUUCCAGAUGCACACAAUCUCUUAUCUGCUGUAUUAUUAAAAAAAAAACGUUAUCAUUAUGUGAAAUGGUUAGAGAUAAGAAUACAAUGUGGACAUUCCUGAGCUGCUUAUUAACUUGUGAAACAAAAUCAAUGGAGGCAGAGGGGCCAAAGGAAAUCUGAUGUAGCUAUUCUCCAUGGGUCCUAACCCUUUUAUGGAUGAUUUUGAUUGCUUCUGAGUGUUUGGACAUCACCAGGGUCUCCUGAUUUUAGCAGAAUCUGUCUUUGUUUCCUAUGAUUUUAGCCAAAUCCUUUUCUGUGUUGAUUUUAAAGGGAUAGAAUAUUUGUAAAUAAAGAUUUUUAUCUUGUCC